UACGUUAAGUUCAGGUCCAGAAAGCGAGUGGCGCAAUUGAAGGCCCAAGAUGCCAGAGCAGAGCAACGACUACCGCGUGGUGGUGUUUGGAGCAGGGGGUGUGGGGAAGAGCUCACUGGUGCUCCGCUUUGUGAAAGGCACUUUCCGGGACACCUACAUCCCGACGGUGGAGGACACGUACCGGCAGGUGAUCAGCUGCGAUAAAAGCGUCUGCACCCUGCAGAUCACAGACACAACUGGCAGCCACCAGUUUCCUGCCAUGCAGCGUCUGUCCAUCUCCAAGGGUCACGCAUUCAUCCUGGUCUACUCCAUCACUAGUAAGCAAUCCCUGGAAGAAUUAAAGCCCAUAUACCAGCAGAUUCUCGCUAUUAAAGGCAACAUAGAGAACAUCCCCAUCAUGCUCGUGGGAAACAAGAGCGAUGAGACUCAACGGGAAGUGAAGACCGAAGAUGGAGAGGCCCAGUCCAAGAUCUGGAAAUGUGCUUUCAUGGAGACCUCAGCUAAGACUAACCACAAUGUCACUGAGCUUUUCCAGGAGCUUCUCAAUUUGGAGAAGAAGAGGAACAUGAGUCUGAACAUCGAUGGCAAGCGUUCUGGGAAGCAAAGCAGGGCUGACAAGCUGAAGGGGAAAUGCAGCAUCAUGUAGAGUGCUUGUUAGAGCCUGAACUGGCACAUGGUGAGGUAAAGCGAAGAUAUAUAGUGAUAAAAUAACAAAGGAAAGGAACUGAGGAGAGAAAAAUGAAUGAAGAUGGUGUUAUUUGCCAUUUCAUGCUUAUUUCCGAUAACAAGGAUUUUACUCUGACAUUUCAAAUUUAAUCCUUCUCCAUCAGUCUUUGGCCUUAACAAGCACUGGCCUGUUCAUAUUGCCUUGUCUGUUUCUAUUACAGAGCAUCAGACAGCAAUCGAUUGCUAAACAGCCCUUUUUGAAUUUUUAUUAAAUAGUUGCUCCUGCAUAGCUAAAGCAGAGUCAGGUUUUAAAUCGGCCAUAAGAUGUUAUCUAAACAUAAGACUUUGCAUAAUGACGACUAAAAUGUUGUUUUGUAUAUUUAUUCAAACGUUCCUGUCAGGUUGAGGAAGUAGUGUCAGUAUGAGAUUAUAUGGCAAUAUAGUCAAAACACCCUUUAAUACUUUGUUACAGGUUGUGUAAAAUCCACUUUUAUUUGUUAUCCUCAUAACAUUUUGAUGAUUACUUUUGCAUGUCCUUAGUUAUCUUAAAUAAUGCCAACCAAUAUUCACAACAAUCGUUUUGUUAAACAUUAGGAACAUACCAUAGAAAAUGAUGAUGCUUUUUUAAAUGAUUACCUGCAGUUACAUCAAGGCAGAUCAAAAAUCUGAAAGCAUAUAGACUCCUCAUAUUUCAUGCAGAUGCACACAUGCUUAUGUAAAACAGCAAGUACUCAUCAUCAUCAUAAUCUCUGGUAUUCAGCUGCUCAAAAUUGAGACACUUCUAAUUUGGAGUGAGCCAGAAUCUUCAUCUUCUUUUUUAUGUUUUUCAAGAUAAACUGCUCAUAUUUUCAGUAAGUAUAACUGAGACAAUAACAAAUUUAGCCCUCUUAAAGUCAAUCAGGAAAUGAAUGCAUUUGCAGGAGGUGCAUUUUGGCAGCAAAACUAAAUUGAGGCUUUCCUAACACAGCCAAAGUCUUCUCACCCUAAUUAUCAGAGACUAAUGUGAACAUCGAUGAAUAGAUAUAAUAUGGCCAACUGAAGUUAUAAGAAUUACAUCUUUUAUGAUUAAGAAACCAAACAUUUAAUGUUCAAACAUUUCAAAUGUUUUUCUAGAAUUACCACUUUUACUUGCAUCACAGUAUCAGACAUUACAGAAAUUUUUGGGUUGAAACAAAUUCAGUUUUUGUGCUCUUAAUGGCCCUUAGGAAAGCCACAAACCUGUUUCAGUUUUGGUAAGAGAAUGCAAUCACACUGCAAAUCAGCCUUUGACAAAAGAAAUCUCUUGUUUCAAAGGGCCUUGAUUGUAUAGCAUUAUAUGUUUAUUUAACCAGCUGAUUGCCUUUGUACACUGAUGUGAGAAAGAGCCCCUUUAAUGUUUUCAGGUUGUGCAUUACAGAUCUGAGUUGAUGCAGACAACAUUAUUUAUCCAUGUUGUGCUGGUUUGCUUACUUUACUAUGUAAAAAGCUAGUUCUUGAACAGGGUACAUCAGAAAUGAGUAGCAACAGAAAGCUUUACACAACAGAAAACUAAUACAAAAUAGCAAUUUUACUGAUAAGACAGAAUUCAUAUGGUUUAUUUUAUAGAUAUUAUUAUAAUAAUCCAGUAUAAGAAGCAACUUAUUAAAAAUAAGUAUAUCGAACAUUCAAAUAUGAAUGAUAACAUUUCACCUGAGUAAAACCAUACAUUUCAUUUCGGCGCAGGUAGAAAAAUAGGUUUAUAAAUAUGUAAUAGAGUAUUAUAUCCCACCCCCGUAUACAGUAACUCUAAUAUAUACUAAUGAUAUACUGUGACAAGCAUUGCAAUACAGCAGAAAACAAUAACAUCAGUCAUAUGUAGUUUCCAGUUUACUGUCAGUAAAUAUUAUGACUCAGCCUGUUGCCUGUGAUUGAUGUGUAUGAUUAAUAUUUUAAUAUUAGUUCCCUGGAUGCCCCACCAACACAUUCAUCCCCCUAAAAUGGUGCUAUAAUUUACCACCUCUCUACUGGUGACAGUAGUUCUGCUCUGCAUGGUUUAUGUAAAAUACCCUCUUUUAUCACUCUGCAGUGUUGCUGAUUUACGGCUUUGUAAUUUUCUAAAUUCAGAACAACGCCUCAUCCAUCUAUCGUGAAGUUUAGACUGCAUUCGGAUCCAUUAUACCUGAAUCUAUGUGUCCAACCUCUAUAAAACCCACUCAGCUGGCGUAUGAGUCACACUGCUGAUACCAUCAGAGGCACUGCAAGCUGCACGAGAGGAAAACUGCAGAGCGUCUUGCAUUUUACAUGCAUGGGAAGUCUGCACUCUCUGAAGAGUGUCAGCUACCUGUGAUCCUUUUGGUUGGCUUGACAACAUGGACUUGCCUCCGCAAUGCCAAUGCCCACCAGUUCUGUGUAUUAAAGUAUUUUUUGAACCCAUAUGCAUUUUAUCAUGCACAUUUUAUUGUAAAUAUUUGUAAAUUGUAUGUAAAGAAUAUGACACUGUAAAGAAAUCAUCACUGACUCUCGUCGGAUGAACCGACAGGUCAUCCCAACAGACAUGGACACAAUUCCUUCAGUCACUGUUCAUGUGUUUGGUUGGAAUCCCAGGGGACUUUUUUUGUACAUCUGGAUUACCUUCAUGCAUUUUUCAGUUGGUAUCUUAAAUCUGGUUUACACAGUGAGCACUUUAAAUGCCUAAGGGUAAUGGAAUGUGCUAUGAAACAUAUGUAAAUGAUGACCUCCAUUUCAUAAUUCAAAAUACGCAUGGUCCCACGUGAUGUUUAGCCAGCAUGAGGGCAAGCAACAAAACUAUGAAGUGACUUUUCAACUCCUUUCCAUUUUUUUUUUGUACAAUAUUUUGCAAGUUUUUUUAAUUAUAGAUAUUAGCUACUACUAUGUAUGAUAUGUCCUUUAGCAAUAGUCUUCCUAAGACAUGGUAUGCUGUGCUCACGCAUCCCAAAUGAAGGAAAAUACGGCGUACAUAUACUAACAUAUAUGUAUAGAUAUAUAU